UUUUGAAUGUUUGUUUGUAUCGGGUAUAGAGUAAAUAAAUUUCGUGUAUUUGGAAUUUCAAAUAGAAUCGGUUGAAUUUUCGUAUCCUUUAAUAAUUUCGAGUGUUCUGGAAAAAAAAAUCAAAUUAAAAAAGUGUCUUUUUUAGUUUGUUAAUAUUUUUUUGGAUAAAAUCUUUAUAAUUUACAAAAUUAUUAAAAAUUUUAUAGAAAAAAAUUAAAAAAAUAUUGAAAAAAAUUCAAAGUGUAUUUUAAAAAUAUUUUAAUUUUGUGUUUAGUUGAUUUAUUACUGGAGUAAUUGGUGAUUGCAAAAUUUUUUUAUAAUUUUUUUUUUUUGUGAACAGCAAAAAAAUUUUUGUUGAAAGUUCAUCCUUUUGAAAUCAGACGGUUUCAAAAAAAAAAUUUUAAUUUGUAAUAAAAAGCUGGAUUCCAUCACAAUUAAGUAUGGAACGGGGACUACACGAUCGUGAUCGAGUGGGUGUUCAAGAUUUUGUUCUACUUGAAAAUUAUCAAAGUGAAGAUGCUUUCAUUGAUAAUCUUAAAAAGAGAUUUAAUGAGAAUUUAAUUUAUACUUAUAUUGGUCAAGUAUUGAUAUCAGUUAAUCCAUAUAAAGAACUUCCAAUUUAUACAGAACAGCAUAUUAAAGAAUAUGCUAGAAAACAUUUUUUUGAGGUGCCACCACACAUAUUUGCAAUCAGCGAAAAUGCUUAUAGAUCAUUAAUGGAAGAGAAUAGAGGCCAAUGUAUAUUAAUUUCAGGUGAAAGUGGUUCUGGUAAAACUGAAGCAUCUAAAAAAGUUCUUCAAUAUAUAGCAGCAGCUUCAAAUCAUCAAGCUACUUUAGAAGUUGUUAAAGAUAAACUUGUUCAAAGUAAUCCGGUAUUAGAAGCAUUUGGUAAUGCUAAAACAAAUCGUAAUGAUAAUAGUUCAAGAUUUGGUAAAUAUAUGGAUGUAACAUUUGAUUUUACUGGUGCUCCAUUGGGUGGUGAUAUUUUAAAUUAUUUAUUGGAAAAAUCUAGAGUUGUUAAUCAAACGUCUGGUGAAAGAAACUUUCAUAUUUUCUAUCAAUUGCUUGCUGGUGCAAAUGAUGAUUUGAUUAGAGAAUUGAAAUUGGAAAGAAAAUUUGAGAAAUAUAAUUAUUUAACUGAUGGAGCAAAAGGAAAUGUGCCAAGUAUUAAUGAUAAUGGAAAUUUUAAAAUGAUUAAAAAAGCAAUGGAUAUUAUUGAUUUUGAAGAGGAAGAACAAAAAGAUAUAUUUAGUAUUGUUGCUAGUGUUUUACAUCUUGGUAAUGUACAAUUUACUAAUGUUGAAGGUAAAGCCAAAGUAACAACACCAGACUGUGUUGCAACUACUGCUGAGUUGUUAAAUUGCAGUAAAGAAGAAUUAUCAGCUGCUCUUACACAUAGAACAAUUGAUGCACGUGGAGAUGUUGUAACUUCACCUUUAAAUCAAGAAAUGGCAAUUUAUGCUCGUGAUGCUUUAGCUAAAGCUGUUUAUGAUCGUCUAUUUUCAUGGCUUGUCGAACGCAUCAAUAAAUCACUUAAAUCUCAUGAUCCAAAAGGAAAAUUUUCAAAUGUUAUGGGUAUUUUAGAUAUUUAUGGAUUUGAAAUUUUUCAACGUAAUAGCUUUGAACAAUUCUGUAUCAAUUUUUGUAAUGAAAAACUUCAACAACUUUUUAUUGAAUUAACAUUAAGAUCCGAACAAGAAGAAUAUGAAAGAGAAGGAAUUGAAUGGAUUCCAGUAGAAUAUUUUGAUAAUAAAGUUAUUUGUAAUUUGAUUGAAGAGAAACACAAAGGUAUAAUAUCGAUUUUGGAUGAAGAGUGUUUAAGGCCAGGUGAUCCAACAGAUAAAACUUUCCUUUCAAAAUUAAAUGAUUGUUUGGGUGAUCAUCCUCAUUUUAUAUCACACCAGAAAGCCAGUACAGCUAUUCAAAAAACGAUGAGUAGAGAAGAUUUUCGUUUAGUUCAUUAUGCUGGCGAUGUUACUUAUAAUAGUGCUGGAUUUUUGGAUAAAAAUAAUGAUUUGCUAUUUAGAGAUUUGAAAGAAACAAUGAUAAAUUCCAAGCAUAAGAUUAUAAAUGAUUGUUUUGGUAGCAAGGAAUUGAAUAGCAAAAAGAGACCAGAAACUGCUGUUACACAAUUUAGAAAUUCUUUGAAUAAUUUAAUGGAAAUAUUGAUGUGCAAAGAGCCAUCAUAUAUUCGUUGUAUUAAGCCUAAUGAUUUACAAACACCUGGCGUGUUUAAAGAUGAUUUAGUUUUGCAUCAAGUUAAAUAUUUGGGUUUAAUGGAAAAUUUAAGGGUACGAAGAGCUGGUUUCGCUUACCGAAGGACUUACGAUAUGUUUUUGCAACGUUACAAAUGCCUUAGUAAAGAAACAUGGCCCCAUUAUAUGGGCUCAUCAAAAGAUGGAGUCCAAAUAUUGGCACAUGCUUUGAAAUAUAACAGUGACGAUUAUCGUAUGGGAAAAACAAAAAUUUUCAUUCGGUUUCCUAAAACUUUAUUUGAUACUGAAGAUGCAUUCCAAGCUAAGAAACACGAUUUGGCUACUAUAAUUCAGUCACGCUGGAAGGGACGUCAACAAAGAAUUUGGUAUCAAAAAUUCCGUGCCAAUGUAAUUGCUGUUCAGACAUAUUGCCGUCGUUAUUUAGCCAUUCAAGAACUCAAACGUAGACGUGUUGCAGUAAGAAAAAUACGUGAUUUCAUUAAAGGUUUCACAACAAGAAAUGAUCCUCCAAAUGGGUUAAAUGAUGCUUUUAUAGCUAAUUCAAAACGUAUGUGGUUAAUGCGUCUUUCACGUAGUUUACCGAAAACAGUACUUGAUCGUAGCUGGCCAGUAGCACCAACACAUUGUCAAGAAGCUUCCAAACACUUACACAGAAUGCAUCGUUUACAUUUGUCACGUGUUUAUAGAUUGGCAUUGAGUAAACCAAAGAAAAAACAGCUUGAAUUGAAAGUUUUGUCUGAAGAUACUUUCAAAGGAAAAAAGAAAAGUUAUCCCCUUACUAUUGGACCUUGGUUUAUUGAUGAUCGUAUACCUAAAGAAAGUACUACACAAGUACAAAAUUUUGCACAAGCAAAUUUUGGACCAGAAAGUUUAAAAUAUGCUACAACUUGUGUAAAAUUUGAUCGACAUGGUUAUAAACCAAGAGAACGUAUUGCACUAUUAACUGAAAAGGCCUUAUAUGUUCUAGAUGGAAAGACAUAUAAACAGAAACAUCGACUUCCAUUGGAUAAAAUUGAUUUUAAUGUUACAAAUCAUACUGAUAAUUUAUUAUUAGUUCGGAUUCCAGCUGAAUUAAAAAAAGAUAAGGGUGAUUUAAUUUUAGAGAUUCCUAAUGUAAUUGAAUUUUGCAUUUAUGUUUUGGACACCAUUAAAAAUUCCAAAAUAUUAAAUAUAGUAGAUACAACAUCAUUACAACAUAACCUAGUCAAAGGAAAAGCUGGUACAAUUGACAUUCAAACUGGUUCAGCUCCUAGUAUUACAAAAGCUAAAAGCGGUCAUUUACUAGUUACCGCAGCCCAAUGAUUCUUUUUCCAUCAAUUUCAUUGCAGAGUAUUAGAAACCCGUUUUAAUCUUAUAAUAAAAUUCAAUUUUUGGCCUUCAUGAAGAAAUAUCAUUUAAUAAGCAUCCGAAAGCUUCAAAAACCUUUGGAAAUUGUUAGAAAUAUAUUUAAUAGAGAUGAAAUUUUAUAUACAACCUGUUGUAAAUUAAAAAUUUUUAAAUUUAUUUAAAUUCAACGUGAAUUAAUUGAUUAUUUUAAUUACUUAUGUUUUACUUAAUAUAUACAAUUAUGAAUAUAUAUUUAAUUUUUAUCUAAUAAUUUACAUGUAUGUACAGAUUUAUGCACAAUUUUAUUGUUUAAAAAAAAGAAAGAAAAUAAGUUGCAAA